CGGAGCGGGCCGCGAGGGCGUACGCACCGCGAGUGCCGCGCCGGUUCCUGGGCGGGUGGAGCGGACGCGCGUCGCGAGGCGGAUCCUGACUCCGGGGAGUCGCGGCCGGGACAUGGCGGUGGCCGCUCGGCGGCCGCGGCGCCGUCCCUGGGCCCUGCUGUGCCUGGCUGUGGCUGCGCUGCUCUGCCCUGCGGUGGGCGAAUUGGAGUGUUACUGCCAGCUAUGUACAAAAGACAACUUUACGUGUAUGACAGAUGGAGUAUGUUUUGCCUCGGUAACACGAACUGCAGACAAAAUAAUGCGCAACAGUAUGUGUAUAGCAGAAAUUGAUCUGAUUCCCCGAGACAGGCCAUUUGUUUGUUCCCCCUCCACCAGAGAUGGAGUCCAUACUGUGUCUCAUUGCUGUAACACACCUCUCUGCAAUAAAGUAGAACUUCCAAUUCCAACACCAGGCCCUACUCCAGAAAAAACAGCUUCUAACCUAGGACCUGUGGAACUGGCUGCUGUCAUUGCUGGACCUGUCUGUUUUGUCUGCAUUUCACUGAUGUUGAUUCUAUACCUUUGUCAUAAUCGUACUGUAAUUCAUCAUCGUGUGCCAAGCGAAGAAGACCCUUCACUGGAUCGUCCCUUUAUAUCAGAAGGAACCACUUUAAAGGAUUUAAUUUAUGAUAUGACAACUUCAGGUUCUGGGUCAGGUUUACCUUUACUUGUGCAAAGAACAAUCGCAAGAACUAUAGUACUUCAAGAAAGCAUUGGUAAGGGUCGCUUUGGAGAAGUGUGGCGGGGGAAGUGGAGAGGAGAAGAAGUUGCUGUGAAGAUCUUCUCUUCAAGAGAGGAACGGUCAUGGUUUCGAGAAGCAGAAAUUUAUCAGACAGUUAUGCUACGCCAUGAAAACAUUCUUGGAUUUAUAGCUGCAGACAACAAAGACAAUGGUACAUGGACUCAGCUGUGGUUAGUGUCAGACUAUCACGAGCAUGGAUCACUCUUUGAUUACCUGAACAGGUAUACAGUAACAGUGGAAGGAAUGAUAAAAUUAGCUUUGUCCACUGCCAGUGGUCUUGCUCAUCUGCACAUGGAAAUUGUUGGCACACAAGGCAAACCAGCGAUUGCCCACAGAGAUUUAAAAUCUAAAAACAUAUUGGUGAAAAAGAAUGGAACAUGCUGCAUUGCAGACCUGGGAUUGGCAGUUAGGCACGAUUCAGCUACAGACACAAUUGACAUUGCCCCAAACCACAGAGUGGGAACAAAAAGGUACAUGGCUCCUGAAGUCCUAGAUGAUUCCAUAAAUAUGAAACAUUUUGAGUCAUUCAAACGAGCAGACAUCUAUGCAAUGGGAUUAGUGUUUUGGGAAAUAGCUCGGCGGUGUUCAAUUGGUGGAAUCCACGAAGAUUACCAGUUGCCAUACUAUGACCUUGUUCCUUCAGACCCUUCUGUUGAAGAAAUGAGGAAAGUUGUGUGUGAACAGAAGUUAAGGCCCAAUAUUCCAAACAGAUGGCAGAGCUGUGAGGCAUUACGAGUGAUGGCAAAAAUUAUGCGGGAAUGCUGGUAUGCCAACGGAGCCGCUCGGCUGACAGCUUUGCGCAUUAAGAAAACAUUAUCACAACUUAGUCAACAGGAGGGGAUCAAGAUGUAAUCCUGGAUUUGCUACCGAAGAACACUGUAAAAAUCCCUAUCUGCACCAGAGUGGCGUGUUAAGAAGGUUAAUUGUUCUACCUCACUGGGGGAACAGAAGGAUAUUGCUGCCUUUUAGUACUUCAUAGGAACGUCGCUUAGGAUUUUUGUGGAUGUGCUAAACAGUUGUGUUGGGUCUUUCUGUGCACUAUGAACCUCUUUCCCAGGUUACUUAUAAAACAUCAUGUACUCUAGUUUCGUUAAUCUAUAAUUUUUUUAUUUGGGAAGUUGAUAGCUGGUCUUUGCUAGUUAGCUGUACUAAAAGUAGGAGGUCACUUCUAAACUGAAACUGGUUUGCUGUAUUGUUCUACAGUGCAUUGAUGGCUCUUAAAGCAACUUUAUUGCUGCCUGGUACAUUGACUACUCUGAACCACUGUCUCGAUUCCUGGAUUCAGAUUGUGAAUGUACUAUUGGAGUAUACCUUGCCAACUAUUAAGGUAGUGCAUCUUUUGGACUCUUACCGUGACUUAUAAAUUGACCUCAUUCAGUUUUGGGAACAUAACUUAUGCAACUGUACUUUGUACAUGAUUUCCGGGUUUUUUCCACUUUUUCAGAACAUUACAUUGCCUUCAAAAUAGAUUGUAUUACACCAAUAAGUGCCACUUUUGAGUCUUUUAAUGCAAAGUAGUAGGGAUGUACAAAGCCUAUGGUACUUUUGGUUUCAAAAAUAAAAGUUAAAAGUUGUUCCUUUGCCUAGCUAAGUGCUAAAUCUCGCUCAUUGCAACAGUGAGUACAUAACAGAUAAAAUGUCUUCAAUUUUACCAAAAUCUGACUCUUAAAACCACUGUAGGAGUUUUAAAUAGUGUAAGCUAGUAAAUUCACUGUCAUAUUUUGUAAUUGUCAAGUUACGAGUCAUAAUUAUGUAGAUUUUUUUUAUCAAGUGGUACUUCUAAAAUGCUUGAAGUACCUAUCUACUUCAGAAAAGUAGCAAGAAAAAUAAAAUGUUAAGGGAGAUUUUCCUUCAUUAAAUAAGUAUGAAAAGCAUAUUUUCUGUGCAGUUCUGCCGAGUCUUAAGGCUCAAGGAACAAUAUUUGCAAUUACACAAUGAUUUAAUGCACUUGUCAUUAGAGAAAAGUUAUUUGGGCUUUUGUACUAGACAGUUCAAAGUUGCUUAUAAGUUUUAUGUACAUGUAUGUUGUGUGUGCCUCAUACACAAAGUGGUGAGCUAGAGAAGGUGGUGAGCUGCAGGUCUUUGGACACAAAUAUUGGGGGAUUCCAGCAAUCCUCUUCAUUGUUAGAAGAACAAAGCUUAAGGUGAUGUGUGUUGUCAUAAGAACACAGAAGAAUAUGCAUGGCUUUAGUCAAGAUUUCCCUAAGUUUUCAAGAGCAUCAUAAUGUUGUCACAAACUUGUUUAGAAGUUAAAUUGCUUCCUACCCAAAUGUACAACAAAAACCUGCUGUUACCAGGUGUCAUGGUUUGAUGCUGGCACAAUGCCAAUGCCCCCAUGAAAAUAUAUUCUCUCUAGUGUCUGCUGUGCGAUGUGACUAAAAAUAGAGCAAAGCAGGCUCUAGCUUAGGAAUGAAGGAAAAAGCUUUAUUAAGCUACAAUAUGUAAAAUGGAACACACACAUAACUCAGAAUGAAAACCUUCUAAAAUGUUCCUCCUCACUCAAUUUUUAACACAGUACAGUGAGACAAAGCCUCGGAUUCUCAAUCAAGUUACCAUCCUUCAGAUAAUCAGUUCUCAGUUCAUCACCACCCCUCAGAUAAUCAAUUCUUAGUUUAUCAAGGGAGAGAGGAGUCCCUUGUAUACCAUAGGUUCCCUAGGAAACACAGUUGUAACUUCUUGUGUUUCCACGUCGCACAUGGCACCACCUGGAGAAAAUCUGCCCUUGUGACAUCUUCCUUACAUGAUGCAGAUGAUUGGUUUGACCACAACCUCCCAAAAAAGUCACUUCCUUAUCAACCUAGGACACCAGGAUAUUUUUUUAUUGUAACUUUAGUAAGAUCUGGUUGACCUGUGGUGUUUCAUUGAUGUCCAAAACAGUAGUGUUUUAGUAUGUAAAUGUGUGUGGUAAUUAAUAUGUUGCCUAACCUGCCACUCUUCAGAACACAUCAGUGCCCAUCGCAUUGCACAACAUACAUGGCAACCUUUAACUUGGCUUCCUGUUCAUCCCUUGGCGUAGAACCCGCUGAGAGUUUGCUGCCAAGAUGGUGGCAGUGGCAGGGCAGUUGCUGGUAGCAGCACAGUCAAGCUUCUGUGCCAUGGUCUGUGAUGUGUGGCAGCUCAAACAGGAAGAGGAAUGAGGCCCAGGAAGAAGAGGCUGCAUAGGUGACACAAGCCUUACCCAAGAAAAGCCUUAAGAGUUGAUUUUUGUUUAUUUCCAUAUUCUUACUGCUUGCUUGGAGAGAAGUUUCAAUUAUGUCAGAAUUACAGACUCUCAGAGGUCAAACUGCAAGACAGUAUCCAGGAGAAAAGGGAAAAAUAAGAGAAGUUCUUAGAAACCAAUUAGGCUUAAACAUACAUACAGCUGUCACGCUUAUGUUUGGCAUUAUCUGACAGGUCAGGCUUAUGUGCUUCAGGCUUUGUCAAUCAAAGCCAGAUUAAAAAUUACUUCAUGUAGGUAUUUUAAAUAAACUAUCCCUUUGUGCACAUGGACAAUUGUGCUCCACAGAGAUUUUCAAUUAACUGUUCAAAAAAAAAAAAAAAGAAAGUUUGAAUACAAUAUAACUUCCAAGCCUGUCUACUUGGCAAUCUUUCUAGCAAGUUCUAUGUAUCUGUACAGAUACUUAAAAAAAAACAGGUCAUCACGAAAAUAGGUCAGGGUCUCCGUCUAAUUUCAAAGGCUUCCUAGUUUGCAAUUUAACUUUUUUGUUUUGUAACUUUGUUACAUUUCAAGUUUUCAUAGGUGCCCUGUGGUCCUUACCAUAGAUACAAAUGGUACAGCUACUACUUCAGAAGUAUCAGGUUCCUGGCAUGCCUCAGAUCUCUACAGUAAUUUUUGUGGGAACAGGAGUGUUUACAGUAUAAUUAAUCAAAUAAUUUUAGUGGCUCUUUUAACAUCCACAAAACCUUAUUGGAAAAACAUUUAAUUUCCUAAAAUAUACAGAACAGUUCUGUUGCAUUUUAAAGAGGAUGUACAGCAGCUGAACAGCAUCAUGGCACGCAGAUGAUUCUGUCAACAAUAUAACUGUGUGUUAUAUUGUAUCAACCACCUGCAAAUCUUCACUCUCCUAAAUGGCUAGCAACUGUUCUUACUUUGUUCAAAAUUUAGCUUUGCGAUAGAAGCUUGCAAAAACAAAGCACAGAGGGAUGCUUGACACUGUAUAUGACCUAAGGAACAGUAUUUUAGAACAACCUUAUCAUUCCUAUUGGGCUGCAGAACAGGAAAAUUCUGAGUAGAGCUAUAUGUAUUCUCAGUGCUUUUCUGACACCACGACUUCAAGCUUUGUUCUUCUUUUCCAUUAUAUGAACUGAACACCUUUUACAAAGGCUGUGUCUGUAUAUAUUAUGUAACUUUAAAUGUUACCUGUGUAAGAUCAUAUCUUAUAUAUAUGGACACAGGUACACAUAAGUAUUUUUUAAAUUAAGAUUGUAAUAUCACCAGAUCUGCUCUUGGAAAUCCAGGGGGACCAAAAUAUUUUAGCAUUCAAAAUAUUAAUUUUGUAUCAUUUCAAGUAUAUACCAAAACACUUUCUGAGUGAUACUGAUGCAAAUGUUUAUUGUAAAUAUUACAUACAUUAUACAUUCACUUGAAUUUUUUUGAUUCAAUCAACUUUACAUUUUAGUAGCAUUGAAGCCUCAGUUUGAUUUACAGACUUGUGACCAGAUGGAUAUAGACAUAGAGAACAAGAAGCAUUGGAAAUGGUCUGAUGCUGAAAAACCUAAAAUGUCAUUUUUGAAAUGCUGGAAUUCUUCAGGGACCUUCCAACCUUAAAAGCUGGAAUUCUGGGAUGUUUCUCAAGCAGACUCUCCAAGUAUGACACACUGUCACCCUCCUAUGGUUCUGCUUGUAAUCCUAAGAAAGACUUUGUAUAUAAAUAAAGAUGUUGGUAUUGACUGUAUGGGGACAUGAAGGUGUCAAAUGAAGUAAGAGGCUAUUUUAUUUUCUCAGUAAUGGCUCUGAGUGCGAUUGCCAUGAAAUUCACCUUUUUAGUUAGUUCCUUGUUUAUAUUGUGCCAUUGAAAUGAUUGCAAGGUGUUAAUCAUUUUGUGUUUAAAAAAACAAGCAAACAGAAAAAAUCUCUUCACCAUAUCCGUUGCUUUAAACUCAAAUUACCUCUUAAAAGACCAAGGUACAUUUACCUCAUGUGUAUAUAAUGUUUAAUAUUUUUCAGAAUGUUCUCCAGGUUUGCAGUUACAUGUUUCUAGAAAUAUGGAUAUUACUAAAUUUACUACAUCAGUGGUACUAAGUGUAUUAUUUGGUGCCCCAAAACACUUUAUUUUCUGUAUUUUAUUGUAUUAGCAAGUUUGCUGCUUUGUCACUGUAGCACCUGCCCUUACAUAGCUGUGUGGAUACUGCCUUGUAAAUUUUACUUUUUGGAUGAUUUGAGGAUCCUGUACAGAUGAGAGUCACUUUUUUAAACCUUACCAAAUUGUGCAUUUCCCUUACAUUUCUGAAAAUAUGUAUUGUAUUUGUAGAGUAUACAUUUCAAUGGAUUGUAAAUAGGACAGUAGAAGAGUGGAUGCUUAUGUUAAGUGCUAACACUACAGUAGAGAGAUUAAAGCAGUGAAAAUAAAUAACUUUUUUCAAAA